AUGGAAGUUAAAGUUAACGACUACACUUCUGCUAACUUAAAAAGCACAGAGUGGCGUUCUCAAGACGCAAAUUCAGACUUUGGUCUAGAUGACUCGAUAGCAUCAACAAUAAACUCAUCAUUUCUGUCUUCGAACACUCAGAAGGACGCAAAUUCAAGCUUAACUUCUGAAGAAGGACUCCUGAACGCUCUAAAUAAUUUAAGCAUUGAGUCUGUGGAAAAACCAAGAAGAUCUUCACGGUCAGACCCAAAUCUAGAUAGUUCUUACGAAGACUGCCAGGAUUUGUCGUCGAACACGCAAAUUGACCUUUCGAUCAACAAUACCGUGAUUCAUGAUCCUUCACACUCUGCAGAUGAUAAAAAAUUCACCGGUGACCAAAUUAGUGACAUUCCAAUAAGUGUAAAUUCAGAAGUGACACAAAAUAACUCUCUAACAGAGAAUGAUAACACGAAAGAAGAAACAACUUGUAGCCAAGUAAUUGAUACUCCAACAAACGAGCAUCAAGAAUGUGUUUCUGGCUCGCAAACUACUUCUGACAAUACUGGAGAACAAAAAAACACUACACAAGACGUAAUAAAUGACAUGCCGAUAAACAGUGACAGUAAAGCUAUUCCGGACGCUGAUCAGAAGAAUAUGAAUAGUAAUAUUAAUAAAAGUGCAGUUUUAAACCAGUCUACUAAAAAAAAUAAGCCUGCUUCACCUUCUUUACUUCCUAAACCAAAGCCUCGAACUGUUGAUUCAUCAAUUUUGGAUCAAUCGGUGUCAAAAGUUACAAAACCAGCUGCUAAGCAUGUUAUUAAGACAAUUACUGAUGCUUCCGAUGGUGCACACCUCAAAGAAGAGCGAAUAAAUCACUUUGGUAUCCCAGUAAUUUCCGGAAGGAAAAAACACAUUGAGGCUCAACCGUUUAACUUUUUAGCACGAGGAAAAAGUAACAGUAUCACCAGCAAAACAUCUGAUACAAAACAAGUUGGUAAUAAAACAUUGAAUGCUACUAGCAGUAAAAUAAUGAAUAAAACAAUCGGUGGUACGACUGAUAAGACGAUGAAUAAAACAUUGGGCAGCGCGUCUGAUAAAUUAGUUAAUAAGACACUGACUGCCAAAAGAAUUUCUAACGUUCCAUCAAGAGUAAUGGACAAGACUAUUAAAAAGCCAAGUGUUUUAAAUACGACUAGGUCUUCGAGCAAUGCAAAAAUUAGUACGAAAGUUAAUCAAGAGAAUAAGACGCCGAAUGUUAUUCCUAAACCGAAAAUUCAAGCUCCGAAGCCGAGCAGAAUUUCAGGACCGCCAAAGUUGCACACUGAUAAGAGAGCCAAGGAGAGACAUGAGUUUGAUGUUCAGAUACGACAGAAGCAACUGGAGAUCGAUAGACUGAGAAUGAUGUGGGAAGAAAAGCAACGGGAGAAGGAAAAGCUUGAAGAAUUAGCGUUAAGAAAAACUAUGGAGCCCAGAGCACAUCCAAUGCCGGAGUUCAAGGCCCCUGUGCCUAUUAAAUCAUCCAAAGCUCUUACUGUACCCCAGAGUCCCGCGACCUGGGCUAAUAACCACAAGAAGUGA